AUGUGGAUGGAAGGUCAUGAAGAUUACAAAGUUGAGGAGAUUAAUUUAAAAGCUUUUAUACAAAACAUUGAUAAGCAUUACAUAAAUUGUCAGUUUACUGAGAGCCAAAUUGAAAGUUAUCAAACAUGCAUACGUAAUUAUGUUAAUAAAACAGAAAAACUUGACGAGUCUUGCGAAAGACUCAUUGGAAUAAUAUUACAAGGUACGGGGGAAUUUGUGAAAGCCUAUUUUGAAAAGGAAAAUAUCACAGAAUGUGGAUGGAAACUUGUAAAGGAUCACAAAGUUGAUGAGAUAGCUGGAAAUGCUUUUACAUACACCACUUCACUUGUCAAUAUAACGAAGACCAAUUUUGACAGUAACAAGGCAACUUUUUUCGAGGAAAUGAUGAAAACUUUUAAAUAUCUUGUGGAGGUGAUCAGAAGUUAUUGCAAUCCUGAAGUUUAUAUUGGAAACAAUUUCAAACAAGAAGUCGAAGUGAAAUGA